GCACCUCGCGGCCUUCCUACCUUCCAGCUCGCCCCAACUUCUUCACGGGCAGCGCCGCCAUGACCUCAACUGCCGAAAGCAACAUCGUGACGCGGACUGCGGUCGCCAACAACUCAUGGGCCACGCGUGAGGUGCUGCCUCGUAUUGGUCAUGGCGUGGAGCGUUACACCUCGGAUCCCUUCGUGUAUCAGUUCAAGCUCCUCGACGAUGUCUGCCGGCCGUCCACGUCCCAAACACUCUGUGUGGGUGUGGGCGAUGGCUAUCUCGCCGAAGCCCACGUGCUGUUUUUGCAUACGAAUGCUGUCUCGAUCUGUGCCCGCGGUGAUGUGUAUGUCAACGGUGGCUUCGCAGGCACGCACCCGCUCCUCGAGGUCUUCCCUGGCGACACCAUCGAGAUGAGCGUGGUCCUUGCCCGUGGCUUCGAGUCGGUGUACUUUGCCCGCAACGGCAUCGCUGCCUCCAACGCCGCCUUUUCGUGGUCGGGCAUGAGUCGGUCCAAUCCGGCCGGAUGGUUCUCCGCUCAAAUCUCGCUCUGGUGUGACGGCCAGGCCGUGGCUGUCGACGGCGGACGAACCUUCAACUACCCCGCUGCCCUCAACGACUAUCGCGUCAUCACCGACGCUACUUCUCCCGUUCCAUCGCCGGUCACCGCUGGCUCCGGCGGGGCAGCCGUGCCCGUUGCAGGCACCGCCAUCCACCUACCGUUUGCCUUUCGCCUGUGGAAGGAGGCGCCGCUGCUCACCAAGCUCUAUCUCUACCCCACGUUUGCCUCAUUCCAGCCGUGGCCGACGGACCAGCCGGUCCGGCCGCUGCCGUCACCGCGCUACGUACCUUUUGUCGGUCUCUAUGCCCCGCACUAUGCGUCGUUGUCCAUGACUGGCGUCACCUACGCUGUGAGCGGCCAGGCACCGCGCCGCGUCCUCACCAUCUCUUUUGUCCACGCGACCGAGGGAAUCUCCUUUGACGUCGUGCUGGCCGAAGAUCUCUUCACACUCACCUUUGCAGUCCGUACUCUUCCGUCGGCCUCGCCGGUACCGUUUGUCUUCGGUGCGCAGUCGUUCUCCAGCACCCUCGGCUACACUCUCUACUACGGCCCGGCCUCGGCUUCUCUCUUUGGCCCGUCCGCGGGGAGGCCCUGGUCAGCACCACUGUCGUCCUCGACCCGGACAACACAGAGACGUACGGCGUCGCUACCGCACUCUUCAACAACUCGAUGGCCCGCCUCGAUGCACCCGCUCUUGCCGCCCUCUCCUCGCCCAUUGUCCUUGAGCUCGACCCGAUUUUUGACCCGAUCUCCAGCACUCACAUUCAACCUGCAGUCGCGGGCUGGCGCUUCUCCGACUCGGACCCGGCCUUGGGCCACCUCAUGGCCACCUCGUGGUCCCUCGAGGUUGCGGCUGUAGAAGGCGGUGGGCACAACGGGACCACGCAGUGGCAAUUACUUGACUCGGGCACGCGCGGCGUCAAUGCCCGUCCCCUCUCUGGCGUCUUCCGCUCGCUGCGUCAGAACGGCCUCCGCUCGCGCCUAUUGCGCCUCACUUUCUCGCCUUCCAACGCAGUCUACUCCUCGCUCGAGAUCUACCGCGACGUCAACGAGGAGGUCACCGGCUCACACGCCUGCCAGGCGUACGACUCCAGAGCGGUUUACAACCGUGCUGGCCUCUACAGAUGUGGCUCUGAUUUGGCGACACUCGAGGAGAAUGAGGCUCUCGGCCUCCUCUCCACCAUGGCCUUGAGCAACAACGCUUAUGAUGCCGGUGGCGCAUCCGACGCUCAUUGGAAGGUUACCAAUGGCUAUUCGGGAGUCUCCGGGGAAACUCCUGUCAAGGUGACAACCUUCCCGUCACCUCCAUUUGCGAGCAACGGUCCGUCAUCUGCCUGGAUCGGCACGAGUGCUGCCUGGCCGCAGCCCUACCCGCCUCGCCCGCAUGUCUACUCGCUCGACUUUUCCAUGCCCAUGCCGUACUCGGACAACUGGAGGGCGAACGUAGAUCCUCCGGUUGCUGCCUGUACCGCCGGUAGCCUGCAGGUCUCUGUCUGGUACAGUUCGCCCAUUUACUCCAUCCGUAUCAACGGGCGCGAGGCCACUUCCAGUCCGCCGCUUCAUACCUUGCCGGCAAACUCGACGGCCUCGUCCGUCUUGCUUGAGCUCAACGGCUUUUUGGACAUCGGCUCUCAGGCUCUGGAGAUCGUGACGUCGGGCAUCCUGCGGGUUGACUUUCCAGCUUUCCGCAACCAUGAUUGGUUGCCUCUCCACUUUGUCGGCCCGUCCGCCACACACUGGACCGUCUCCGAGACCGCCGGUGUGGCCAUGAAGGACAUUCACUAUCUCGACCGCUUCUUUGUUGACUGCCCCGAUGGCUACGUCAUGAACGGCGCCCGUUUCCGCCGUGUGGGCUCACACUUGCACACUUCGCAUGGCCGUGACAAUUACCUUGACCCGGUGACCUCGGCGGUGCCGCGCGCUGUUGUCCAGCUGAGAGAGUCUCCGAACUGGGGCGGCCUCGCCGGCCAGGCUCGCUGCCUCGCGGGCUCAUCACUGGGCGGCGUUAUUCACGACAUUAACCUCUCCAACGUCAUGCAGCCGUACGGCGGUGUCAUGACCUCGCUCCUUGAUCUUGCCAAGGUCGGUUUUGAGUGUCCAGCUGGUACCGCGCUUCAAAAGUUCCGCUUUGCUCGCAGCGGUGGUUGCAACAACCCCUCAGAUUGGACCACGGGUGUGGUGGAUUCCACGCAGUGUGUCUCGCCCAUCGGCCAAGAAGGUCUUGCUUUUCGGUCAACAUGUGCCAAUCUCACCGACCCGGCCGUCGCCUCGGCACCGGGCGUGUGGCGGAGUGUUGGCGUCGGUGCUCCCGUCCACGUGGCCGCUUGGACUUCUGUAGAGCAGCCGCAACUGUUGGAGCGCGUCGGUGUCCUCUGUCAUCACAACGAGUACAUGGCCGGCAUCAAGUUUCGGGUUGGCGGCUGCGACAAGCAUGUCACCUGGGAGUCCGCUGUCGACACACCGCCCUGCACAGGCGACGAGAACAACCCUCAGAGGAACGGCAUCAUCAUGGAGGCCUUAUGCAAGCCAUACCGGCCGCCGGCUUCCAUAUUUGCUAACGGCGUCCUCGCCCCCAACCGCACACACCCGCUGGUGGCCCUGUGGCUCUCAGCCGACGAGCUGGUGACAAGCGGCCACGCGCCCGGCUCCUCGAUCGGCGUGUGGCCCAACAUUGCCACAGGUGAGGCCUCGGUCACGCUCACGCAUGCAGUGCAGAAGACGCCAUGGCGCCAGCCGAUUCUCACCGCUCUGCCUGUGGGAAACGCCACUCGACACGCCGUGUACUUUGACGGUGUUGACGACAUCCUGCGUGGCACAGGCGUCAUCGGCCCAGCAGUCACCUACUUUGCCGUUUUUGAGGACAUAGGCACCAGCCAUUCAUGCUGUGCAGGCGUUCUCAUCUCGAUGGGCAGCACGGUUGCCAACCAUGAUGCGGCCCAUGGCAUUUCGCUCGCCGGCAGUGGUCCGACAAAAGUUGUCCUGGACUAUCCAGGCUCGGCUGACAUGAGCACCACAAACGUGGCGGAUGGCAAGAAACAUGUGGCGGUGCUCUCGUACAACACCACCGCCACCAUGCUCUGGAUCGACGGCGUGUUGGAGAACACCAUUCCCUCUCACGUCCAUCUCAACAACCACAUCAUGAUCGGCGCCCGCUACCGAGAGGUUCGUGACAUGCUCGAGGGCUCCGGACUCGCGGACCGCUCCUUUAAGGGAUACCUGUAUGAAGCUCUUGUCGUCAACGAGGCUGUCGAUGCUGACGCCGUCAACGCCAUGGCGUUUGGCCUCAUGCAAAAGCACAGCGUGGCUCAUGCCGGCAACGCCUCGUGCUACGCUCUGCCGCCUCUCUUCCGCGGCUCUGUCUGCGCCGGCCUCGGCCCGGCCGCCUGCUCUCCAGAGGGCGCAUGCACAGUCUGCCCGGCUGGAUCUUUGGCCCAGCAUGUACUGCGUGUACCUGCCCACAUCCGCUGAUCUGCGUCGACGGUGCGACCGGUAACGGCGCGUGUGCUUCCGCCUCCGCUCUGCCGCCGCCGCCAUCGCCUCCACUGCCACCAUCGCCACCGCCUUUGCCGUCACUGCCGCCUCCGCCACCACCCGUCGAUGUCUCACCGCAGGAGGCAAAGACCGCAAGCGGGGUCUUUGCGUCGGACGAGCCUGCCCGGUCGCCCGCAAUGGUGCUGGUCUACCUGGUGGUUUUCCUCAUCCUGGUCGCCUUUAUGCUGCGGAUGACUAUCAAGCGCAGGGUGCGGCGCAAGUACCGAGCACAGCCCGAGCACUGGCUGGGCGUGGACCUCGACCAGCUGGUCUUGCACACCCACUCGGUCACAGGCAUUGUGGUGGCCUCGGCGGCCGAGGUCGCCAUGUACCCGCGGAUCGGGCGGAGCGUGGCCCUCCUCCUCAAACUGGAGACCAUGCUCACCACCUCGGCCCUCAUUCCGCUGCUGGAUCCGGGCGCCUUUGAGGCCAACGACAAUGCUAUCAGCUUCGCCCGUAUCCAGCAGACGCUCUUGGUCUCGGUCCUCGGCACCCUCAUUGCUGCCGCGUCGGGUGUGCCGCUGGUCAAGUGGCUGCUGGCCGCCGCCGCAGACACUUCCUCUCCCAACUCGUCGGGCAUCGAACUCGCUGCAUUCGUCGCCUUUCUCCUCGCCGGCAUCAAUGCUGUCCUCGUUCUACUGCCAACUUGGCUCGACGGAUACGCGCUCAACCUCCCGGCACUGGCCUUGCUAUACGCCAUGUCUGCUUUUGUCGCCAUCUGCGUUACAGAGCCGCUCCUCAUCAUGAGUCAAGCCUGGCUGUUUGGUAAGAUUGCCCUUCACGUCGCGUACGGCGGCAACGGUGGCGUCUCGCCUUCAUCUUCUUCCGUCGUGCCAAACACGUCGUCGACAACAUGUCGUCGGCUGCGACAUCGCCACAGGCCGCCGCCGCAGACACUUCCUCCCCCAACUCGUCGGGCAUCGAACUCGCCAACGUCGAUGGCACUGGCAGUCGCAGUCGUAGCCGCAGUCGCCGCGGCUCUGACUCGCGCAGCUCGGCCACCGGUGUGUAGCACUUUCCAACAAACGUUUACUACGCCGAC